AGCUUGUCUGCGGUGCACAUAUAUAAGGGCAGCCCCUGAGACAAUACCCAAUCUGCUGGAUAACCACGUACAGAUUAUUACUCACAGUCGCUACUUUGAACCAAAACAGAAUGGGAUCCUCUAAGCUGGCCCUGCUGCUGGUCUUUGUCUCCUGCGUCGAGCUCUCUCUGUCCGCCUCCUGUGUCGUUGAUAGCUUCUCCGUCAAAGAGGACUUCGAACCCCAGAGGUAUGCAGGGAAGUGGUACGCACUGCAGAAGAAAGACCCAGAAGGCCUGUUCCUGCAGGACAACAUCUCAGCUGAGUACACCAUCGACGAUGACGGCUCCAUGACUGCCUCCUCCAAAGGACGUGUCACUCUGUUUGGCUUCUGGGUUGUGUGUGCUGACAUGGCCGCUCAGUACUCCGUUCCCGACCCAACCACCCCCGGAAAGAUGUUCAUGAACUAUCAGGGACUCGCCAGCUACCUGUCCAGCGGAGGGGACAACUACUGGGUGAUCGACACCGACUACGACAACUACGCCAUCACCUACGCCUGCCGCACCGUGAAAGAAGACGGCAGCUGCGAGGACGGCUACGCCCUGGUCUUCUCCAGGAACCCACGCGGCCUGCCUCCCGCCAUCCAGCGCGUCGUCCGUCAGAAACAGGAGGAUAUCUGCAUGGCCGGACAGUUUCAGCCUGUCCUGCAGUCUGGAGCCUGCUAAACAGAGAGGAGGGGAGAAAUGUACGCCGGCUAGCUGCAGUCUAGGUGGUUUGACAGCAAGAAGAAGGAGAAUGAGAGAGUGCAUUUGUAUAAGUGAGAGAAAAUUGCAAAAAAAAAAAAAAGCAAAACAAUAACACUGAAAAAUCCGCAAGACUCUCCAAGAUUUUCUUCUGUUUAUCUUUUUUACCCAUUUCCUCCUUGUUUCGCUCAUCCAUCCUGUCUGUCAGAGGAAAAUAUUACUGUUGCAACAGCGAUUGGAGUGAAUGUGAAAAUCCAAAUAAAAAAUAUUUUUCUAAACAAA